AUGAACCAAACCGAAAUCAAUAGGCCCCGCAGUGGGAGUGAGGUGAGAAACGCUGAGAGGAGAAGAGGGAUGUGCCGGACCUUGUCGCUUGGCACCAUCGAAUGCGGUCCAAAGUCCAAACACAGACAAGGAAGCAUCGCGGCAAGCAUGAGCAAGAAAACAUCCCCGUCUGACGCCACGUCCGCUAUGCACGCCCUCCACCCUGAGUCCAGAGUCCACCAUCGAAUAAUAGUUAGUGGAAAUACUUCUGAAGUUCUGGAUAGGAUCUGGUCUACGUCGCCUAGACUCUGGAGGAGGUCGAUUGGAGGAAUCGGGAUUGCGGGACCAUUAGACUUGGGAGCAAUAAAUCAUCAUGCCUCCACCCUGCGCGGACGCAGCCGCCGUGCGUACGCUGCACCCUCUCCGGCCGUUUCGUAUGGUCGAAGUCUCUCCACAACAGGCGCUUCCCACUCAAGUUGCGACCGCACAGCAGCGCAACGCCGGUCACUCGUGCCGUCUUGCGAUCGUGGCCAAGUGGGCUGCGAGCCUGCGACAGGCUGGACUCUGGAUAAACGGAACCACAGAUGGCGGCCUGGGGCUGGACAGUGGACCCUGUCAAAUGUCAAGGUCUCAGGAAGCAAGGAAGUUAGGAAGUUCGGAGCGUCGCACACUACACCACACGCCAACUUCUGA